GAAUUGCUUCAAUGGUCAACAUAAACGAUAAACUUUGUUUUAAACGAAAGGAUCGGAACAGCAUUUAUUUAGAUUUAUUCUAAGAAUAAGACAUGCGGCGAGCGGAAAAAAUACGUAUAUCAAUUUUACAGUGGAGUAGGUUGUCUUCAUACGUACGUAAUUUGCACAAUUCUAGAAUCGCAAGUAACAGAUUCAAUAAAAUUUUAAUUGCAAACAGAGGGGAGAUUGCAUGUCGUGUAAUAAGAACUGCCAAGAAAUUGGGUAUAAGGACUGUAGCAAUAUACAGUGAUGUAGACAGAGAUAAUUUACAUGUAGAACAAGCAGAUGAAGCAUAUUGUAUUGGCCCAGCACCUUCUAAUCAAAGUUAUUUAAGACAAGAUAAAAUUAUAUUUAUCGCAAAGAAGUCAAAAUGUCAAGCAAUACAUCCUGGGUAUGGAUUUCUUUCAGAAAAUGCAGAAUUUGCAGAACUUUGUCAAAAGGAAAAUAUUACAUUUAUUGGACCUCCAGCAAAUGCUAUUAAAAAUAUGGGAAUUAAGAGUACUUCGAAGAAUAUGAUGAUAAAAGCUGGCGUUCCUGUUAUAGCAGGAUAUCAUGGAGAUGAUCAGUCUAAUGAAACCUUGUUAUUGGAAGCAAAAAAAAUAGGGUUUCCUUUAAUGAUAAAAGCUAUACGUGGUGGAGGAGGAAAGGGAAUGAGAAUAGUUUCAAAAGAAUCAGAGUUUAUUGAAGCAUUAGAAUCUGCAAGAACAGAAUCUGAAAAAGCAUUCGGUGAUUCGGCUAUUUUACUCGAACAAUAUAUCAGUAAUCCAAGACAUAUUGAAGUACAAAUUUUUGCGGAUAUACAUGGAAAUAUUAUACACUUGUUUGAAAGAGAUUGUUCUAUUCAAAGAAGACAUCAAAAGGUUAUCGAAGAAGCACCUGCACCCGGCAUUUCAGCAAAUUUAAGGUCGGAUUUAGGCACAACAGCAGUUCAAGCGGCAAAAGCGGUGGGAUACGUUGGCGCUGGUACAGUUGAAUUCAUAAUGGAUCCCAAUCGGAACAGCUUUUAUUUCAUGGAAAUGAAUACGCGCCUUCAAGUAGAACAUCCUGUCACAGAAGCAAUUACAGGAUUAGAUUUGGUCGAAUGGCAGUUACGAGUGGCUGCGGGUGGAGAACUUCCAUUAGAACAAACAGAAAUUACUUUUCAAGGGCACGCUUUUGAAGCCAGAAUUUAUGCUGAGAAUCCGAGGAAGAAUUUUCUGCCAGGAGCGGGAAAGGUAUCAUAUAUGAGAAUUCCGGAAAGCUUAAGUAAAACGAUUAGAGUCGAAACCGGAAUUCGUGAGAAAGACGAGGUAUCUGUUCAUUAUGAUCCGAUGAUCGCAAAAUUAAUUGUCUGGGGAAAAGACCGUCAAGAAGCAUUGGCUAUAUUGAGAUUGCAGUUAAAUGACUAUAAUAUAGCAGGACUUGAUACGAACAUAGAAUUCAUUAAAGAUUUAUGUUCUCAUUCUAAUUUUUGGCAAGGUCAAAUACAUACAGGAUUCAUAGAAGAGCAUUAUCGAGAACUAUUACCAAAUUUACAUGUACCAAGUGAAAUUGCGGCUCAGGCUACUCUCGCUUUGAUACUUUAUGACGACACGCAUUCCUUGCAAUCUUCUUUCAAAACCAAUGAUCCUUUUAGCCCUUUCGCGACCGAAAUCGGCUUAAGAUUAAAUUACACUUUAACACGAACUUUUUCUUUCAAUGUUGGCGAAGAUGAUAUUAAAGUUGAAGUAAGAUAUGUCGAACCUGAGAUCUAUUCCAUGAGAAUUAAUCAAAUUGGUCCUUGGAGAAGAAUAACAGGCACAUUAAAAAGAAAAGAAAACUCGCUGGAAUUAUGUACUGAAAUCGACGAAACUAUUACCAAAGCGAGAAUAAUCAAAAUCUACAACAAAAUACAUUUAUUUACCAAAGAUCGUGAAUGGCAAUUUGAUAUACCCCCCACGAAAUUUCUCUCCAAAUUGACAAAUAAUCAGACUGAAUUAGAUCCAUGUAAAGCUUUAAGUCCUAUGCCAGGUUUUGUGGGAAAAUUAUUUGUGGCGAAAGGAGAUACUGUAAAAAUUGGGGACGCUUUAGUCGUGAUUAACGCCAUGAAGAUGGAACAUAUUGUCAGAGCAUCCACAAGUGGAAUCGUCGAAAGUGUAUCGUGUUCGAUUGGUGACAAUGUGCCGAAGGAUAAAGUUCUCGUUAAACUGAUUAAAUCUAUAUCAUAA